AUGGCAUACAUGGUGCUCAAGCUGGUUGCUUGUGCCAAGACCGCCAAAUACUCAUUCGGAUCGAUGUUCCACCUUGUCAAAUCCCUGGAGGAACUCGAAUUAGUGUCAGUCAUCAUUUGUGUUAAAUCGCUUACUUCAAUUGAUGCCACUUCCCUCGUCCCAUCAGGCACAAGAUCCACAGUUCUGGGAUUUCCAAGAAUUGUGUUGUUCAUCGCUCCUUUUGGGAACAUAGCGAAAAGUUCAGAGCGGCUUUCUCAGAAUGGACUUGCCAUUGCCUCCACCGUUUAUGGGACCCACGAAGAAGAGCUGGUCGAUGAGGAGGAAAAAUCCCAACAUGAUAUCGAUGAAGCUGUCAAAUCCUUGGAAUUUGAGCCUUUGGAUCCUCUGACACUCGGAAGUUUCCCAUUAGUUGCUGUGCGUGUCAAAAAGUUGUUGGGAAACCGUGCCAACAACACUCAUGCUUACACAAAUGCAUUGCCCGCCAUUGGAUGUCAGAACCCUACUCGUGCGGAUCGACGACUUUUCCGGCGCCAAAUCAUUAACAUGGAACGCCACGGGCUUAUUGAACGAGUGUUUGUGCCAUCAAAAAUGGCUCGAAAUAAGAUGAUCAUUUGCAUUCGCCCCACCGUAGGGGACCCUGACAUAUCACAUAAUUCUAGUGAGGAGACGUUGGCGAAGUGGAAUGUCACUAUUCAUCGCCAGCUAACUGAAAUUGCAGAUAUUUUAUCCCAACGUGGUAAGACACACAAUGAAAUGACAGCGCUCCUCAGUCAGUUCAAUGUGUGGACAAUCGAACAUCUCAUGAAGAAGAAUGAGGAACAUCCAGUGCCCCAUCAUCUCCGCCAUUUCGCUAUCGUCUCCGAAGCUAUGCAUUAUGGGCGCGAAUGCCACAUGGAAUACUGGACAAAAUCGGUUCUUCAGCGCUCACAACUUGAUCCAAAUGCUGUCACUGAGAAACUCGGAAAUAUUUUGGCUGAGGACUUGUCUGACGUGGCAAGUUUUGGAGAAUUCCUCGAAGAAGAAUUUUACGAUGGGGAUGUUGACACCCUGGCAAAAUAUGUCGACAAUUUCUGUCGCCCCACAAUGAAGCGAGAUCGUAGGACCAGUCUUAAAGCAGAUGGGAUUCCUCGUAAUCGGAAUCCAAUACUACCUGAUGGGACUGUCAAGAAAGGCUGCCCACGAAAGGAGUGGAGUGUGCCAGAGAAGAAGACUAACGCUAUUCGAAAUAUUCCAUCAAGCCCACCUGCCGCUACGCAUGAAACAACACAAGGCGGAGAUCUAACCUUAGGUCGAUCCAGAGAGGGUACUUCCAAUAAUGGAAAUUCUGUCAAUUCGAGGUUAAUUGGUGGUGGCUUACCCGAACAAUCGAUUCUAAUCAAUGACCAACGUCCUGGGAUAAUCGAGGAUCCUAUGUUGAAAUCAACGAGGAAAGCCACAAAGCGUCCUGCGAUAGCAGGUUUAUCUGAAAAAAUCCAACUAAAUGUCCACAACCCGGGAGCAACCAAAGCGCAUUCUCGGAAAGGGAUCAGAGCACCCAGGAAUGCCAAUCUUACGGCUUUGCGUCGACAGGAAGAACUCCUGACAGUUCUUCAGGAUCUUGGAGGGAUCGCACAUUUGUCGGAGGAUCGAAUAUAUGAACAGUUCCAAAAGGUCAUCAAAAGGAGGAUCGCGGAUGGUGUAGUCAUGAGUACUCCGGAAGGGAUGUCUUUAGAUCCGCAGACCCUGAGUAAGACAAUGAACAGUCUCAGCGACCGAGGGCCAUCUCCUUGCCUCGUGCCCUCUUCCAAGCGCGAUUUCCUUUCAUCGUGCUUGGAUAUCAAUACUCGUGCGUAUGAUGAGCCUGAUCUUACCUUCUGGAAAGAGAUCACUGGGGCACUGCUGGAUGCCAUCAACUCUUUCAUGGAGGAGGGAGGAGCAGAGGAGGUUAUGGAACGAAAAACAGCGAUUACUCGUCUCGCCAAACCAUCCGGCCCCUACUUCGAAAAGUGGCCUCAGUCUCACUCACAGAAGCGAACACUAGUGCAGUUCCUAAGGCUCGAUGACGUUUCAGUUGGAACAAUGACUUCGACGAGCUUGCUCGAGACGCCGGCACCAUCAUCAGAGCUCGCUGGCGCCACCUCUCGAAACCAGUUUGGGGAGCACUCUCAGAGGUAUUUCCUACUAUCUCUUGUCACAGUGCACUUGAAGUUUCGUGGAUCGACAAACCUUCCUGAUGACCAUCCCGAUGACCCCGUAAAUUUUGACUCGCUAACGCAUGUCGACUUCUUAAGAAGUUACAUAGACAAGGGUAAACUUCGGGCCGGAGUUAUUGACCAAGCGACCAAGCUGUUCGGUGCAACACUUCCGAAAAGCAUUUGCCCGAUUGCCCAGCGGUUCGGAUACACGGACGAUUCCCAAUCUUAUGAUCCAAAGUUCGAUUACUUCCUCACCACCGUUGGAGAUGAAAACGCUCUUUGUUCCGACCCAUUCGUCAUGAGGUCUGCCAGCGAUGCCCCUUCUACAGGGGGUCCGAGAAUCAGGGGGCUUACUCAGGCAGCAAUCAAGGCGAGACUCUGUGAAAUGGGGCCGAAACCGAUAGAUCUGAUCCACAAUCUUAGAUGACUGUAUCCACACCCAAGAACAUUUACGACAAUAAACUUGCAGUGGCACUCCUACAACAGCUUGGGGAUACAGAAGUUGCCG